AUUAUUUUCGUAAGUGUACUAUAACUAUAAUAAAAGUGUGUUCUAUAUAUAAAGAUUUCAACAAAAUGUUAAAAAGUGACGAUUGCUUAUAAUUCAAUUUCUUCAGGAGUAAUGGUUUUAGACCAACGGCUAUUAAUGAAUGUGUGAAAAAUCCAUACUUACAAUGUCUUCGAAAAGGAGCUGCCAGCACUGAGCAAAAAUCGAUUGUCUUUGAUGUAGUAUGCAUAGCUUGGUUGAGUUAGACAUCAACACGAUUGUGCUCCACACAAUUGAUCCACACCGGCACAAUACUCCGCGACGGGUUAGACCAGGUCCAAUACUGUCACUUUUGCAGGAUGUUAUUUUGAAUUCUGAGAUUUAUUGUUGUCUUCGUUUAGCGUUUUUCGAGAGUGACACCUAGGGUGUUGAAUGUUUAUUGUGACCAAGAAGUUUGUCUUUAAGGUAGAUUUUAAGUUGGUAAUUUUUCCCCUGUUGUUUAGGUGGAAGUACAUCUUGGUGGCAUUCGGCUGCAAUCUCCAAUUGCGGAAAUAUCUCCCCAGGGUAGCCAGGUUAGUUAGUAAAAUUUGCUCAGUAGUCUCCUAUUCUUUAUGGUUUGUAGCAACUGCCCAGUAGUGUGCGUAUCAGAAUUUCUUUGAUUGUGAGAAGACGAAAAAGAUUUCCAUACAUGCCAAGUGAUACAACUGCUGCAGUAGAUGACCACGUCAUGGUGAAGAGUGUACCACAGCAUCAGACCACACACAAUUACUGUCGUGCAGCAGAUCUAUCCCUUUUUUAUUUCAGUUUUUGAGUGUCCGAAAAUUGAGAAAUAUAUAAAAUGAGACGUUUUUCCACUUCCGCCACGAGCAAAAAGUUAAGUUGCUGGUCAUGUAUCCUGCUGGAACACUUAGAACUGGAAACUAAAAUCACUUGACGACAUGCGAGUCGACUGGUGUCUGGUCGCCGUGAGUGGCGUCAAAUUUGAUUACAUAGGAAAUGACUCAAAGUGAACUGGUUAGUAAUGCGCCUCACUGAGCUCUUUUUCAGUAUUGGUAUGAAAACGGCAAUAAAGCGCAUAACUUUUCUUGGAUGAGCAAAUAUGUCUGGAACUUACAACUUACAACAAAAAACAAAAAUGCUUGGAUGACGACGGAAGUUUUUAAAACUUAGUUUUUGGCAAAUUCGUUACAAACAUCUCAAUUUACAUAAAAUGGUUUAGACUAAAAUUGUCUAAUUCUAAUAUUGUUAGUAACUCAGAGAAGCAUAGUGUCCCUUAUUUAAUACUUUUAAAGAGUUGUUUCAGGUAGAAGUGGUCCAGUGAGACGCAAUGGUCGAUCCUUCUCGUUACGAUAAAGUCGUGAACGUUAAACGUUGGAUCCUUCUAAAUGUUAUUCGCAUAAUCUUAAAUGUUUAAUGAUAUCUUUCGAACAUAAACUUUUUAUUUCUUUGAAUAAAACCACAUUUUGUAAAGAUUUUCCGGCGAUAUUUCUUUAGAAAUAAUUUUAUUGAUUCCCCGACAUUGUUUCCGUCCCUUUCGUUCAAAUUCGACCAAUACGAUUGGGUAAAGUUAACCGUCAGUAUUACGCGUCGUUCUUCGUACUGUCGUUGUGCUGAUCGUAGUUUACGCGUAUUACGAUUAAUACAAACGACAAAUUGUUUUAAAUAAAUACAAAGAGCUAUUGAUCACUAUUGAUAACGUGAUUGUUAAAAAUGCGUCAACGUUCUAGCACUAUCUGGAAGUAUUUCGAUUUGGUUAAAACAAAUACAACGGAGGAUAAUGUUUACGGCGAAUGCAGACAUUGUUCGAAAACGUUUGAUACUCGAAAUACAACCAGCAUGUUUUUACAUUUAAAAGCGAAACAUGAAGUCGAAUACCUCAAAGCUUUGGAUGACCGUAAGAGCAAUCCUAUACGAAGAAACAAACGGCAUUACGUCGCAAAAUAUCGAAAAGCCCUACCUGAAAAAGAAAAGAAUGUUGAAGCAGAAGUAAUCUUGACAAAGGAAGAGCCAAUGAUAUUUUGUGAAGCCGAACUUCCCAUUAAUACUAUCAAUAAUAUUUCUAGUAAUAAUGGUAACAAAUUAACUGAAGUUUGUCGUUCAUCUCCUGUUCAGUUACGUUUAUCUGAUAAUAAUUGUGAUCAAGCUAAUAGUAAUAAUAUAAGUGAAAAUGAACUUAAUGCAAAUAAAUCUUGCAAACACAACGAGGUAAAUAAUAUUUUGCCUGGUAUGUCUUUGGAUUUAAGAUUUAUAAAAGAAAACAUUUUGAAUAAAAAUAAUUAUUUCUUCUUGUCUAUUGCGGCUGAACUCGAUCUUUUACCAGACGACGCUAAAGAUUUAAUUAAAACUGCAAUUUGGCGAAUUAUUUAUGAAGUUAAACAAGCAAGAAGAUCUAACAUCCAAUUGUCAUUAUCUAACUUAUUGAAAUAAAUGUACUUAGUAUUAAUGUUAAAAUGAUUUUAUUAAAGCUUUUUGA